GUCUUCGGAACAGUGCGUUCAGCCUCUCCACUCUCCGCAAAGACAUCAGAAGACAUCCGUCAGGAUCCGCUCACCAGAACGCAGGAUGAAGAAGAAGCUGAUCCUGGACGUGGACACAGGCGUGGACGACGCUCAGGCCAUCAUGAUGGCGGUCACCGCCCCCGACGUGGAGAUCCUGGGGAUCACCUGCUGCCACGGCAACACGCCGCUGGAGAACGUCCUCCAGAACACGCUGCGCGUGCUGAAAGUCUGCGGCCGCCUGGACAUCCCGGUGCACCGCGGCUGCUCCACCCCCCUGCUGGCCCGCGCACAACACGCCGGGGACUACCACGGGAAGGACGGCCUGGGGGAAGUCCCGGACCCGGACGCCCCCGGCCUGGAGCUGCUGCAGAAGAGGAAAGCUGCGCAGGCGUUGGUCAAGAUGGUGAAGGAGAACGCCGGAGAGGUGACUCUGGUCGCCACGGCGCCCCUCACCAACCUGGCCGUGGCGGUGCAGCUGGACCCCUCCUUCCCGAAGAAGCUAAAGGCCCUCUACAUCAUGGGUGGAAACGUGGAAUCCAGGGGCAACACCACCGUGUGCGGGGAGUUCAACUUCGUGGCUGACCCCGAGGCGGCCUACAUCGUGCUGGACCGCUUCACCUGCCCCACCUACAUCGCCUCGUGGGAGUUCACCUGCAGGAACAGCCUGCCGUGGUCUUUCUGUGACACGUUGAUGGCUCAGAACACAGAGAAGGCCCGCUUCAUGAAGAAGAUUUCGGCCUUUUCGAGGAAGAAAGCUGAGUCGGCGGACUACCAGAAGGAGGUCACAGAGGGGAAGGGCUUCAACUCCUGCGACACCUACGCCAUGGCCGCCGCCAUCGACGGCGCGCUCAUCACGGAGAGCGAGGAGGUCGCCGUGUCGGUGGAGCUGGAGGGGACCUACACCCGGGGCAUGAUGGUGCUGGACUACAUGGACCUGCUCAAGAAGAAGCACAAGGCUGUGGUGAUGAAGAAGGUGGACUUGGAGAAGUUCAAGCAAAUGUGCAUGAACUCACUCAAGUAGAAGGAUGCGAUCACAUGCUCAGGGCCUGACGUCUGUUCACCAGAAUGAAUAAAAUGGUCUUUUGUCCUUAAAAAA